AUGGAAAUUGAUGUUGGUUUCGUUUCAAAGUUAGCCACUAUGCUUGAUUUUAUAUUAAUUCUCAUUUUUUGUAUUUGGUCCAUUAUUCAUUGCUUGAAAUAGGAAAUUUAUAAUUUAAACUCAAUUAUGACCAAUAUUAAUUUGAUGUAUUAUAUAAUACGAUUCAUUAGGAUUAUGGAUGUUUUACUAUUGUUGGGUGAAACAAAAAGAUUAGUAAUGGUUGAAAAGUUCUAUUUUGCAUGCAAUUAAUUUGGAAGAGGUCUAUUUUGUUUAUUGUAUGGAAUAUUAAUUUUUUAGUCUAGCGUUAUGGUUAUUUGCGGAAAAUAGUAAAACAGCAAAACAUAUGAAUUUGCAUGAUUAUGGUUUAUCAGUUGCAAUAUGCACCACUGUAAUAGGAAUUAUAUAUAUCAUAUAGCAUUUUUUAGUAUUUGUAGAAUCUAUUCAUUUUAGUUUGAUAAAAGAUAAUUCAUAAUUACAAAUUGAUUAAUUGUUUAAGAAAUAUGAUAUUAUAAAAAUAAUUAUAUUUUACUGA